CAACAGAUUCUGGCAGAUUUCGAGGGGGUGUUUCGAGAACCCCAGGGGCUGUCGCUUGAGAGGAAAAUAGACCAUCGAAUCACAUUGAAGGAAGAUAGACUUCAAAUUCAAAUUAACUCAAUGCAGUUUGUGCGUGCAAUGGAGGUGCUGUACACGAAACUCCAUGACAAGUACACCGAAGUCAAGACUAAGAAACUAUCUGAUUUGGAACACAUUAAUGAAGAACAACUUAAAUUCAUCAACUGCUUGUCCGCUGCAGAAGAGGUAAUAGAGCACUUGAAGAUCGAGAAGGAAGAGCUUCUUGGACAAGUCAAUGAUUUGAGAGUUGAGCUCUCUUCGCUAAAGGCUACCAAAGACAACCAGUUAGCGGACUAUAAUAUAAUUUUGAGGAAGGAAAGCCACAAAAAUGAAACUCUUUCUGAAGAAGUGGAGAAAUUACAAGAGCUUUGCCAAAAAGGAGCAUAUCAUGAUUUGAAUAAUAGUAGAAGGAUCAUAGUUGUAGAUGACCAAUUUAAGGCUAAGUCUAACAGAUCAUAUGUAAGAACGACUACAAAACGUAUAAGACAAAAUGCUUUGAAGGACGAAGCAAGGUUUAUAUCUUUUGAAAAUGAUCAAGUUAAUUCUGUUGAGAAAGAGUCCAUGCACACUGCCUGCAAGGAGACAGCAUUUGGUAUGUCGUUGGAGUGCGGUAGCAAGGCUUAUGUUCUAUUAGGCCUCGAUUUACAAGAAACUGGCCAUGGUGACUGGCUUAUUCUAGUUCUUUUUGAAUAUGCACUGGGAAUGAAAUUUUUCACUUACUGUCAAACUGGACGGAUUUGCCUUUCUGCAAUACGUCUAUCAAGUGGCUACUCCUUCAAUUUAUCAUGAAUUUGCAAAGCCCCUGAAAAAUGCUACAGCAAAGGAACCAGCAGCAGCAAGGGGAGGAGAUACCCAAGUCUUAAUACAAUGGCAGCAAGGUGGAUUGGAGGACGUCACCUGGGAAGAGGAGCAUUAAGUCAAAUAACAGUUUCCUGACUUCAACCUUGAGGACAAGGUUGAUUUUGAGGGGUGGAGUAAUG